AUGGCUGCUCCUAAGGUGUUGCUAGCCCUCCAUGUCUUCCUAAAGAGCAGAACUUGGAGUGGAAGCUACGAGCUGCCUGAUGGCCAGGUCAUCACCAACGGCAAUGAGCGGUUCCACUGUCCCGAGGCGCUCUUCCAGCCUUCCUUCCUGGGCAUGGAAUCCUGUGGCAUCCGUGAAACUACCUUCAACUCCAUCAUGAAGUGUGAUGUGGACAUCUGCAAAGACCUGUACAUCAACACAGUGCUGUCUGGCGGCACCACCAUGUACCCCGGCAUCGCAGACAGGAUGCAGAAGGAGAUCACUGCCCUGGUGCCCAGCACGAUGAAGAUCAAGAUCAUUGCUCCUCCUGAGUGCAAGUACUCCGUGUGGAUCGGCACCUCUAUCCUGGCCUCUCUGUCCGCCUUCCAGCAGAUAUGGAUCAGCAAGCAGGAGUAUGACGAGUCUGGCCCCUCCAUCACCCGCUGCAAAUGCUCCUGUGCAGACUUCACACACCAGUUUAAUCACAGCCUGACUAGCCAGCUCUGCACCACCUCCUGCAGAACUUCUUGCCCAGAUGGCUGCUGCCUUCUUGCCCAGAUGGCUCUUCUCUUGGAGCCACCAGAAGAGUGA